GAAUAAAAACAAAAAAAGUUGGACUUGUUGUGCCCCUCUCUAUCUUUCUCAUUCUAUUUUCUGGUUCUCCAAGGUUCUACUUUAGAUAUAGCCUUUAAAUCAAAUCCAACCAUUGAAUAACUACCCCUUUGUUCUUCUCAUCCAUUAAAAAAACAAAGUAAAAUCCAAGUUUAUUAAGUGCCCAUAUUAUCUUCUCGAAAUUUACAUGUUCCACUCUGUUCUUUUCCUCUGUUCUGUUUCAUGGCUGCAACUGCUACUCCAACAGUUUUCAAAGACAGCAACAAUGGCAACCCUGAAAUUACGAGGCAGGAAAUUCAAAGCGCCAUAGCCAAGGCAGUGGAGUUAAGAGCACUUCAUGCUGCUUUAAUGCGAGGAAAUAGCCCUGCUAAUGCUAGAUUCCCAUCUCCUUCCCCUGCUUCACGCCCUGUUCCUCACUUCUCUGCGCAAGAUUACCCUGUUUUCACCCCUAGCUAUGAAGAUGACCCAGCGGUGGGAUACAAUCAAAACCCCUUGAAAAGCCUAACAAUAUCAGAUGGAUGGGAUGAGAGUUUAGAAGGAGGGAACAGCAUAGAAACCAUUGUGCCAGAGUACAAGGAGAAAUCAAGUUCAAGAAAGGGACUAUAUUGUGGUUUUGCCAACCUAGAAUCUCACAUAUGUCCUAGCGACGAUAGCAAAUCUGUAACUGGCUCUUGUGCAAAUCAAAUUACUGUUCUUCCAACGUCACCUGCAAAUGAUUACUUCAAGUGUAGGAGGAGAAACAGUUUGGAAGAUUUCAAGUCGAUAUCCUCCUGCAAUAAAUGUAACCCUGCCAUCAUAACUAGUGAAUUUGAGAAUGCAAGGAACAGCAAGAGCUCCAAUAUUGUUGUCCCUGUCGCAGAUUCCCAUUCAUCUUUUCAGUCCCAACCCAAGAGCAAGGGGGUGAUUUCAUGGUUGUUUCCUCGGUUAAAGAAGAAGCAAAAGAAUGAAAAUUCUCCAAAUAGAGCAGAAUCUGAGGAUGUUUCUCAGGUUCUUAAGGACUUGGGAAUAAUGUCAAUUGAGACAUUGAAGAGAGAGCUGGUGGAAGCAAAUGAGAACCGAGAUGUAGCACUAAUGGAAGUUUCUGAGAUGAGAUCUUCAUUGGGGGAGUUGAAACAGAAGCUGGAGUACUUGGAGGGUUACUGUGAAGAGCUGAAGAAAGCUUUGAGGCAAGCCAUGCAGGCAAGGGAUUCUCAACUUUGUGAACAACUCAGUAAUCUUCCUCAUAGAGGGAAAUCAUUAGAUGGGAAUGGAGGAAAUUUGAUGCCUGUGAGUGAGGAAGUAAUGGUAGAGGGAUUCUUGCAGAUAGUAUCAGAGUCAAGAUUAUCAGUGAAGCAGUUCUGUAAGACCCUUAUAAACCACAUUGAAGAAACUGAUCAUUCUUUGACAGAAAAUUUGAACUUGCUUCUUCAACCAUAUAAGCUGUCUCUGAAUUCCAAGCACUCAAAGGCAGUUCUAUACCAUAUUGAAGCUUUCAUAAAUCAGUCUCUCUACCAAGACUUUGAGAACUGUGUGUUCCAAAAGUAUGGUUGCUCAAAAUUCCUAGACCCGCAGCAGGAUCGGCAAGCGCAAUUCUCCUCAUUUGUUGCCCUUAGGAAUUUGAGCUGGAAUGAGGUGCUGAGAAAGGGAACAAAGUAUUACAGUGAGGAGUUUAGCAAGUUCUGUGACCAGAAAAUGAGUUGUAUCACCACUAGUCUAAAUUGGACAAGGCCUUGGCCCGAGCAGCUCCUUCAAACUUUCUUUGUGGCAGCAAAAUGCAUGUGGCUGCUACAUUUGCUUGCUUUUUCUUUCAACCCACCGUUGGGAAUUUUAAGGGUUGAAGAGAAUAGAACCUUUGAUCCUCACUACAUGGAAGAUAUGUGCCCAAGAUCACAAGGUCCAAGCAGAGUUAAGAUCAUGGUGAUGCCGGGGUUUUACGUUCAGGAUAGGGUCUUGAGGUGUAAAGUUCUUUGCAGGUACAAGUCUGCAGCCUGAGUGAAAUUUAUAUCAAGUUUUAUAUGUACAUAUUUUUUUAUUUUUCUUUAGCCUCUGCAAUAUUUAAGUCAGUAACUAGUCAAAUAUAUGUGAGCGUAAAUAAUAGUGGUUCAAAUUGAUUUAAUCUACUGCGUUCUCAAAUUUGGGUGCUCGUAAUUGAGUAGAUAAGUGCAAAGAAUUAUUUGGCAAUUAAAAUUAUGAAUGUUCUCAACUUUAUGUAGUUCAGAAUAGAGAAAACGUAAAGCACCGACAUGUUUUCACCUCUGGCUGAUCACUGACCUUGUCUUAUUUUUCUCAUAUUCGACCACAAGAAUCCCAAGGAUAAUAUUACCCUCUUCGC